AGCGCGGGGGCGCGCUGAGGGCCCAGGCCUCGGCUGCUGCCGCACGUUGUCCACCUUGCCUUUCCCCAGGGCGCAAUUCCUGCCUUGGGUUGCCCGCGCCCGUCCAGCCACGGUCAAAUCCGGUAGCUACCCGGGGCGUUUGCAGCGGUGCCGAGGAAGAGGACGGGAACGGUGUUACGAGUGCCUGCGUUUGGGAGGUGGCUGCUUUGUCGGAAAAACUACCAUCAAGGAAGGAAUUGCCAAAUCAUGUGUUUUUUUCUGUUUUCAGAGUAGUUCACAGCAGAUCUGAGUGUUUUAAUUAAAACAUGGAAUACAGAAAACAACAGAAAACUUAAAGCAUUAAUUUCAUCUGGAAUUUCACAGUAUUUCCCACAGCUGCAUCCUGCUGAAUGUUCCAUUGGUGAAACUGAAGGUCUUCUUACUCAGAAGAAGAAAAUCAAGAAGAAGAACCUUUGGCUUGCUGCUUCUGAGCUGCUGUGGAUGGCCCCAGCUCUCUGGACUGUCCUUCCGAGUAGGAUGUCACUGAGAUCCCUCAAAUGGAGCCUCCUGCUGCUGUCACUCCUGAGUUUCCUCGUGGUGUGGUACCUCAGCCUUCCCCACUAUAAUGUGAUAGAACGCGUGAACUGGAUGUACUUCUAUGAGUACGAGCCGAUAUACAGACAAGACUUUCGCUUCACACUUCGAGAGCAUUCAAACUGCUCUCAUCAAAAUCCAUUUCUGGUCAUUCUGGUGACCUCCCACCCCUCAGAUGUGAAAGCCAGGCAGGCCAUUAGAGUUACUUGGGGUGAAAAAAAGUCCUGGUGGGGAUAUGAAGUUCUUACAUUUUUCUUAUUAGGCCAAGAGGCUGAAAAGGAAGACAAAACAUUGGCAUUGUCUUUAGAGGAUGAACACCUUCUUUAUGGUGACAUAAUCCGACAAGAUUUUUUAGACACAUAUAAUAACCUGACCUUGAAAACCAUUAUGGCAUUCAGGUGGGUAACUGAGUUUUGCCCCAAUGCCAAGUAUGUCAUGAAGACAGACACUGAUGUUUUCAUCAAUACUGGCAAUUUAGUGAAGUAUCUUUUAAACUUAAACCACUCAGAGAAGUUUUUCACAGGUUAUCCUCUAAUUGAUAAUUAUUCCUAUAGAGGAUUUUACCAAAAAACCCAUAUUUCAUACCAGGAGUAUCCUUUUAAGGUGUUCCCUCCAUACUGCAGUGGGUUGGGUUAUAUAAUGUCCAGAGAUUUGGUGCCAAGGAUCUAUGAAAUGAUGGGUCACGUAAAACCCAUCAAGUUUGAAGAUGUUUAUGUCGGGAUCUGUUUGAAUUUAUUAGAAGUAAACAUUCAUAUUCCAGAAGACACAAAUCUUUUCUUUCUAUAUAGAAUCCAUUUGGAUGUCUGUCAACUCAGACGUGUGAUUGCAGCCCACGGCUUUUCUUCCAAGGAGAUCAUCACUUUUUGGCAGGUCAUGCUAAGGAACACCACAUGCCAUUAUUAACUUCACGUUCUACAAAAAGCCUAGAAUGACAGGGUACUUUGUGGAAAGUGUUAAAGUCGAUACUGUGGAAAAUUCAUGGAGAGAUCGGUGUGCUGGCUUACACUGAACUGAAACUCAUGAAGAACCCAUAGACUAGAGACGAGGGUUACACUUGUGAUUUAUUAGUCAGGCCCUUUAAAGAUGAUAUUUGGAGGAAUUAAAUAUCUUAAAGGAAUUGGAGGUUUUUUCCUAAAGAAAUUAAUAGGACCAAACAAUUUGAACAUGUCAUUCUAUAGACUAGAAUUUCUUAAAAGGGUGUCACUGAAUUAUAAGGUCACUAGGCUAUAAAAACAAAACAAUGUGGAGUUUUAUUUAUUGAACAAUCUAGACACUUGAAAGUUUUGUGUGUAUCUUAUGUGGAUUACCAGUUUAACAAUAUACGUAUUUCUGUGUCAAAAAACUUCUUCACUGAAGUUGUACUGAACAAAAUCUUACCUAUUUUUGGUCAUUUAGAAGGUACUUCAAGAUGUUGCAGUAUUUCAGAGUUAUUUAAUAUUCAAACUUUGUGUUUUAAAUGUUUUGACGAUUUCAGGACAAUAUAAAUAGGAUAGUGAAUGAUUAUUUACAUUUGAACAUGUUCCAGUUACUUAAAUGAUCAGUUUAUUAUUGAUACCUCCAUUAAUGUAAAGUUGUAGGUCAUUAUUGCAUAUCAGUAAUCUCUUGGCCUUUGUUAAAUAUUUUACUGUGGUAAUAUAGAGAAGAAUUAAAGCAAGAAAAUCUGAA